AUUAGCACCACAAUCCACAGUUGCAGAGGUAUGGUCAUUCAAAGAACAUCAGAUUCGUUAAACCUAACAAACCAUUUUAUUCUGUCAGUCCAUCACUUAAGUCGGAUGAAGACCUUCUGUUAAAUAUCCUCAUGAUACCAUACCUGUAAAUGAAGGUUGUAGAAGAAUUACUAAUUUUGGAUGAUUUCAACUGUUUCUUGAAAAUGAGGAAACAUCUACCCGUAUGAUGCCAUCGUGGUCAGACAUGAGGAUGAUAAGUCUGUACCAGCUUCUUAUCUUCUCUUGUCUGCUUUGUAGUCGUUCCUCAAUGUGUGGACGAUGAGGAGAUAAGGAGCUGUAUAAACCAGCUUGUUUCCUUCAGAUGAAGGUAGCCGGUUGGGCCUGACGAGAAAGAGUCUUUGGGGUUUGAACCAACCGACUCCUCGAUGAUGGCGAUGAUGAUGAAGUUGGCCGUGCUUGUACUCGUUUGUGCCGCCGUGGCACAGACCAGAGCAGACGCUCCUGAGGAUGCUUCCCCUGAACCAGCUGAAGGAAAUCUGGUGUUGGAAAAGAAACGGCUGCUUCUUCCUCGGCUUCGACUUCGAUUUCCUUUUUUUCGGUUUCCAAUAAAACUUCUUCUUCAGCUUCUAAGGAAACGUCGUUAUUGGCGUCUAAGACCACUUUUUAGAUUCUGUCUAAAACCACGUCCAAAACCACGUACAUACUUCCGGUACUAUUCAAGUCCGAAGACUUGGUCUGAAGCUGAGAAGUUCUGCCGGUCCAUUGGGGGAAACCUGGCCUCGGCUAGAAACCGGUUCGAGAACAACAAGCUUCUGAGGCUGAUAAGGCAGAAAAAAGGCCGUUACAGAUAUACUUGGAUCGGAGGCUCUGACGCUCAGCAGAAUGGAAUUUGGUUUUGGAGUGAUGGGAGCAACUACCAGUACACCAACUGGUGUCGCGGACAGCCCAACAACUUCCGUGGCAAGCAGCACUGCUUGCAGUUGAGUUUUACAG